CCAGCGGCAUGCAGCGGCAGCCCGGUCAGAGGCGGGAGGGUGUCGGGAACUCCAGCAGCUCCGCUCCGUAUAUUUCCACUGACCGUCCGUUUCAGAGAGUCAUUCACCCGAGUCAGAGCCGCCGUUCGGGUCUGUCCGGACACGACCAGCGCUUUCGUCCGCCUCUCUGUCGGUCCGUCCACAUCCAGCUGCACACAUCUCUCUCUCCUUCCAUCCAGCGGUACGCUGCGCUGCGUCCACAUCUGCGUCCGGGAAGGACAAAAACGCGUCAUUUUUGGAUCCAACUUUUUCCUCCUCCUUUGAAAUUCCUCUACGGAUUCGCGUCUCAUCACCGGGACACUGUGACGGCAUUCAGCGGUCUCUGACGCUGCAGGAUGGAUGGCUGACCAAGGAGCUCACUGAUUGGCUCGCCGAGCAUUUCUGAUCGCAGCUGCUGUGAUGGCCAAAAGCCCAGAGGUGAAGCUGGCCGUCUUCGGCAGAGCGGGGGUGGGCAAGUCAGCUUUGGUGGUGAGAUUUCUAACCAGACGCUUCAUCUGGGAGUACGACCCGACACUUGAGUCCACAUAUCGGCAUCAAGCCAACAUUGAUGAUGAGGUUGUUACCAUGGAGAUCCUGGACACUGCAGGGCAGGAGGACAUUCAGCAGAAGGAGGGUCACAUGCGUUGGGGCGAUGGAUUCGUCAUCGUGUAUGACAUAACGGACCGGGGAAGCUUUGAGGAGGUGGCGCCGCUCCGGAGUCUUCUAGAGGAGGUGAAGAAGCCAAAGAAUGUCCCUCUUGUCCUGGUGGGCAACAAGUCAGACAUGGACCAUGUCCGGCAGGUCGGCACAGAGGAAGGCGAGCGGCUGGCGGCUGAAAUGGCGUGCGCCUUCUACGAAUGUUCAGCAUGCGCCGAUGAGGGUGGCGCAGUGGCCGAGGCUUUCCAUGAGCUCUGCCGCGAGGUGAGGCGCCGCAAGGCAGUGCAGGGCAAGGCCAGGCGCCGCAGCUCCACCACACACGUCAAACAGGCCAUCAACAAGAUGCUGACCAAGAUCAGCAGCUAGAGGAGAGCCUCACUAUCGUCUGACGGAACAACAGGAGAGAAGCUGAUGUUUUGUUCUGUAAAUGUUUCAAAUUUUGGCUACAAAAUGGACGAUAUGUGACUGAUUCAAUGUGGAAUUUGUUCUUCACUUGUUCUAUGAUCAUGUUCCAUCAAAACAUCCCAAAUGCAAUGUCUCUUCAUUGCACUCUUCAAAAGGUAAAUGAUGAGCUGGGAGCCUGACAGAGUGUAUCUUGCCCAAACAUUUGCACUCAUUUGGAUCAAAAUAAUACUGGAUACUGGUGAGUUUCAUGAUGAAUCAUUAAUAUGGUACGGUUCUCACCGCAUUUUGUUUUCCCACCCUCUCAUUUAACUCUUAAAAUCAAUAAAUAAGCCAGAGGACAGUCUGAAACUUGCGCAUGCAAGCCGUCUCUCUUAGCAUGCGACGCAUCCAAGCUUUCGGAUGAGAAGAUUUGUAGUUUCCUCUCUGUUUCUUGUCUGUAGGGGGAUAUUGUGAUGUGCUUUGGCCCGCGUCUUUAACUGUUCUGUCAGUAAAAAAAAGCAAGAUCAGAAAACUACUAGUAAAGUAGAUCCCCUAUCCGUCACACAUUUCAACCCUGAAUAAUCACCAGAGUUGUCAAUGCCCGUCUGAACCUUGUGACAAAGUCUACCGUGUUCUGCCGACAUGGAUUGUGGCUCCCUGUGUUUGUCCACGAUAUGUGAACUCAAGAUCUUUUUCCUCAAGGAACCAAGGCACAAGGUCAUAACAUGUCAAGCUCACUUUUUGUGCAGUUUUCUGUGAACCUACGAAAAAGGAGCCAUCUCCAUCCAUCCAUCCAUCCUUACAUGGCCACAUUCCAGGGAUGCUCUUCAUGGCUGUAAUGUUAAUACUGUAAACUACAGCAUGUGUGAUAUAGUAUAUUGCCUUAAGCACUACUGUCUCUUAGGUGUGUACAGAACCCAAAUAAAUCUACAAUGGUUCAUAUUGUCUGUGUUGAAAUGUAAUAUCUGUAUCUUUAUAAACUAUGUGACCCGUCUCUGGAUAAAACAACCAGCUGUGCCCUUGCAAUUAAAGACAGAGAAAUAUC